ACCCUACACUUGCUCACUAUGGCUCAUCGUCGUUGUCUCCAAACUUUAAGCCGUCACCCUCCAUUCCUUCUCUCCUCAAACCCAUGUCUCCAUUCCCUCAAAACCCUAAACCCUCAUCACCCACAACCUCUAAACCUGAAUUCAACGAAUUACCCACAAAUCCUAGCUACCAAAUUCCACCACAUUUUCACCAAUCCCAGAUCCAAUUUCAAUACCCAAUUCCCAAAUUUGUCGAAAAGCUUUUGUUCUGGUAAGAAUAACGAGAGCGAUGAUGACGAAAGUGAAGAUGCAGAGAGUGGUGAUGAAGUUGAUGAUGAUGAGAAUGUUUCGACGUCUAAGUCACUGGAGGAGAGAGAAAUUGAGGCGGCUGGUAUUGGGUAUAAAGUGAUUGGGAGGCUAGAGAAGUCGGACCAGGUUUUCAAACCUUACGAGCCCGUUUUCGCUGUUGUUCAGAUUGGAUCACACCAGUUUAAGGUGAGCAAUGGGGAUAGCAUUUUUACAGAGAGGCUGAAAUACUGUGAAGUGAAUGAUAAGACGAUCAUUGGCCGGCCUAUGUUGUCUGAUGCCACAGUUCAUGCUGUUGUUGAAGAGCAUGCAUUGGAUGCGAAAGUACUCAUUUUCAAGAAAAAGAGAAGGAAAAACUAUCGUCGAACUAAAGGGCAUCGACAGGAAUUGACAAAGCUGAGGAUAACAGAUAUACAAGGAAUUGAAAAGCCCGAAAAUGCAGAAUCUGGAAAGACAGUAAUGGCAUCUGUUAAGAAGGUAGAAAGGGUAGCAGUUGCUGUCUAGGAGUUGAUUUUUCCCAUAGACUAGUGUACUACUUGUUAACUUCCUUUUUUUUUCUCUAUUUAUUUCUAAUUGAUGUCUCAUAUUGUCAUGAUUAUUGAGUUCUGACUCAGAUGCUGCUUGAAGUGGCAUCUCUUAUUCAUGUUUUGCCAAUGUACAUUUUGGACAUCAUAUCGGGCAAAAACCCAGCAUCCAUUAGCAUGCGUUGUAGGCUUGGUUUUGUCGGGUCAUGUCGGUUUUUAUUUAAUAACUCAUACGGUCAAUUCUUGAAGCCUUUGGAGUAGAAAUUAUUCGUGAAACCGUGGGAGUAGCACAUAUUCUUUGGUAGCAAGAUGAUGUCCUUCUAAAGCAUUUUAUCUUUAUGCUAAUUCUUUUACUGUGGAGUUUUGCUCCAUUUAGAGUUUACAGUGUAUGUAUCAUGUAGUUUGAUUUAAAGAACAAAAAC